UAUACACAAGAGUGAAGCUUCCAGCAGCGUGCUCCGCAUCACUGCUUGGUCCCGUCCGAAUCCCUGCCUUAUGCUUCUCGGCUGUCUAACUCAUAAACCAAAACACCUCACUCGCCCUACCCUUUCAACCUGACAACUCUAACGCCCCCACACCAAGAAACAGGCACCUACCCUCAGAUCCCUAGGCUCACAUUCCCGAUUACUGUAGCCAGCCUGUCAGACCACCGUCACCCUCUGCCCUGUCCCGGUGUGAUCCCACUGUGAUCCACCUCAACCAGCUGUGAUCCAGCGUGACCACACGUCUGCCCUGUUGCGAUUUGGUGUGAUCGCCUGUCCUCGUGUGACCGCUUUGACCCACUCCUUGCCACAGUGAUCCACUGUUCUGUGAGGUCUGCUGUGAUCCACUGUCCUGCUGUGAUACACCUGUCCCGCUGUGAUCCUCUGUCACUGUGCGAUCCACUGUGAUCUCGCUGUCCCGGUGUGAUCCGCGUUGAUCCAUUCUGGGUGAUGCUGGCGCCAUCUCGGAUCUGAAGUUACUUUCGGUUGCACUUUCAGAGCAGGGGCUGAGGAAGUGAAGCGCGGAGAUGGCGCUGGUGGAGGUGUGCGGAUAUCAGGACUGGAGUCAGGACGAUCUCCCUCAGGGGCAGAAAGCCUGUUUGGUGAAAGCGAAGGAGCUUGGUCUCGGGGCCAGGGACCAGCUGGUGGUACCGGUUGGUCUGGAUCCAGUGGAGUUCCUGAAACCAUACAGUGAAGGUGAAGAUGGUGUGAGAAUAAAACUCCAACAUGGAACAACCACUUUGGCCUUUAAGUUUCAGCAUGGUGUGAUUGUGGCAGUGGAUUCCAGAGCAUCAGCAGGAAAUUAUCUCGCUUCUGUGGAUGCAAACAAAGUGAUUGAAAUAAACCCUUAUCUGCUGGGCACCAUGUCGGGAAGUGCUGCUGAUUGUCAAUACUGGGAGAGAUUGCUGGCCAAGCAGUGCAGGCUAUACAAAUUGAGAAAUAAGCAACGCAUCUCAGUAUCCGCUGCUUCCAAAUUGCUGAGUAAUAUGAUGUGUGAAUACAGAGGGAUGGGUUUGUCAAUGGGGAGCAUGAUCUGCGGCUGGGAUAAGAAGGGCCCAGGACUGUACUAUGUGGAUGAUAAUGGAACCAGGCUCUCUGGAAAUAUGUUUUCCACUGGUUGUGGAAAUGUUUAUGCUUAUGGUGUUGUAGACAGCGGCUACAGAUAUGAUCUGGGCCGUCGUGCUAUUUACCAUGCCACUCAUCGCGAUGCAUAUACAGGAGGCUUCGUCAACAGUAAGACUUUCCCUUUACAUUAA